AUGUUGAGUAUGAUUAAACAACAAGGAGCAGCAGCAGACUCUAGAAGAGGUCAAGCAUUGUUGCUCAAUAUUUCAGCAGGUAAAGGUUUACAAAAUGUCUUAAAAACCAAUUUAGGACCAAGAGGUACACUCAAAAUGUUAGUUGGUGGUGGUGGUGAUAUUAAAUUAACUAAAGAUGGUAAAGUUUUAUUACAUGAAAUGCAAAUUCAACAUCCAACAGCAGCAUUAAUUGCACGUACAGCAACAGCACAAGAUGAUAUUACUGGUGAUGGUACAACAACUAAUGUUAUUACAAUUGGUGAAUUAUUAAAACAAUCAGAACGUUAUUUACAAGAGAAUAUUCAUCCAAGAAUUAUUGCAGAAGGUUUUGAAUUAGCAAAAGAUCGUUGUUUAGCAUUUUUAGAGGAAUUCAAACAAACCUCACAAGAUACAUUGGAUAGAGAAUUAUUGAUUUCAAUUGCAAAAACAUCAUUAAGAACUAAAUUACCAGCAGAUUUAGCUGAUCAAUUAACUGAACAAGUCGUUGAUGCUCUCUUAUUAAUUCAUAAACCUGAACAACCAUUAGAUUUAUUCAUGGUUGAAAUUAUGACUAUGCAACAUAGAACCGAUGGUCAUUGUUCAUUAAUCAAAGGUUUGGUUUUAGAUCAUGGUACACGUCAUCCUGAUAUGCCAAAGAAAUUAACAAAUUGUUUCAUUUUAACUUGUAAUGUUUCUUUAGAAUAUGAAAAAACUGAAGUUAAUGCAAACUUUUUAUAUAAAGAUCAUGAAACUAGAUCAAGAAUGAUUGAUGGUGAACAUAAAUUAGUUGCAGCAAAAUGUAGACAAAUUAUAGAGUUAAAGAAUCAUGUUUGUGAUACACCAGAUAAGAAUUUCGUUGUUAUCAAUCAAAAAGGUAUUGAUCCAAUUUGUUUGGAUAUGUUAGCAAAAGCAGGUAUAAUGGGUUUACGUCGUGCCAAACGUAGAAAUAUGGAGCGUUUAACAUUGGCAUGUGGUGGUACAGCAAUGAAUUCAUUGGAAGAUUUAACACCAGAUUGUUUAGGUCAUGCAGAUUUAGUUUAUGAACAAACCUUGGGUGAAGAGAAAUAUACAUUUGUUGAGGGUGUAAAGAAUCCAUUCUCUUGUACCGUUUUAAUUAAAGGUCCAACCAAGCAUCAAAUCGAACAAAUUAAAGACGCCCUUCGUGACGGUUUACGUGCCGUUAAGAACACAAUCGAAGAUAAAUGUGUUGUACCAGGUGGUGGUGCUUUCCAAAUCGCCGCUUAUGCUGAUUUAAUGAAAUUCAAAGAAACUAUCACUGGUCGUACCAAAUUGGGUAUUCAAGCAUUCGCCGAUGCUCUUUUGGUAGUUCCAAAAACUUUGGCUCAAAACUCUGGUUUCGAUCCAAUGGAUACCAUCAUUAAAUUACAAGAGGAAUACGCCAAGGGUCAUAUCGUCGGUUUAGAUGUUGAAUCAGGUGAACCAAUGGAUCCAGUAAGUGAAGGUAUUUUCGAUCAAUAUUCUGUAUUAAAACAAGUUUAUCGUUCUUCACCUGUUAUCGCUUCUCAAUUACUCCUCAUCGAUGAAAUUAUUAAAGCUGGUAAAGGUAUGAGAGGUUCUUCAGUUCCAGAAGGUCAAGAAUAA